GAGAGCGAGAUAUACCAGAAGUGUGUGCGACCGCCGCCAAACCGGACGGUGUUCGACAGCGAGAGUCCGCCGCCUUAUCGAAGCCAAUCGGCGCUGUUAGACGCGCCCGACCGGAUAGUCCGUUGCCACAGUGCAGGCAGCUCGUUGCUUAGGGUGUUCCGAAAGUUCCCGAGUCCUGGCAGCUCGACGCCGGCUGUGGUUGUCCCGCCACCUAGAAGGCCGACACUGUCCAGUUAUUCCGAGUCCAGUAGCAAUCUGAGCAACCUGUCCAGCCUGACGGUGGUGCCGUGCGAGACAGACGAGAGUCAGCAGCAACAGCACCACCAGCAACAACAACAGCAGCAGCACCAUCAGCACGUCUGAUCCGAGGAGCGGCCGAGAAGGAGAACACUCGAGGCCACGAUCACACCGGGGACAAGAGGGUUGUUCCUCGAGGUCGACGGACGCCGUGGUUGGAUCUCGUGGAAACGGCGACGAGACGGCGGCGAAACGGCGGACCAAGCGGAACGACGAUACAAUGAACAACAAGCCAACGAAGACGAAGCGAACGCUGAUAAAAAAGGUGAUAAAGACUAUGAAGAUGGGAUAAAGAAUAAGGACACUGGAGAAUCGUCGUCGUCGUCGUCGUUCUGCCCUCGAGAAUCCUCGAGGCGUCGAGGAUCCCUCAAGACUGACUCGCAGGAGAAACUUCGACCAGCUGAUGGCCUCGUCCCGGAGAUCAGCCGUGUGUGUUAGUGUACGCACGGUGAAAUCUUGCUGAUGGGGUACGGAGAGGCGUACAGGAAGAGAAACGAAAAGAGGACAAAGGAGAAAUGAAAGAUGAUGAUCCUCGUGGCCCAGGGUUGGAUGGUCCUCGAACGUGUUUCGGGGAUGGAGGACACGUCCUCCAGUAUUUGGUUGAAGUGGCCCGAGGAGAGACGAAGGAAUGAUACCACCAGCCGGGGCUGCUUUAUUCGGUGUUCGUUGGGUUCGUUCUCCUGGUAUAGAACAUGGGCUCGUUGUUUCCGCGUCAGAACCGAGCUGAUCCGGACCAAGGCCAGAGCCUAGAUCUCAGACAAUUCCAAAGCAACAGCGGUGCGUGUGUGUGUAUAGACGAGAGGAACGAAUCAGGCUCGCCGAUGCAGAGGGUAUCUGGUUAACCGGUAAAACAACAGGGAAGGAUCAAAGGCCUACCGAACACGGAUAACAGGAUCGCGACCAAGAUUUUCACGGGACGGUUGUUGUACACCCAACACGAACUUUGCGCGCACCUCGGCGGGAUGAUCAGGCGGAAGACACCGCGCGAAUGGAGGCUUGUCGAAGUGUGUUUCGGCGACUAACGUGUCCUCCGGACUUUUUUUUUUUCAAUAAUAUCAUCGAGUGUGGGAUGUUUGUUUCUCUGCGACAAAAGACUUAGUAAAUUAUUUAUUGCCGAUAUUCGCGGGACCUGCGCUCUAUCGACGCGGCGAGAGCGAGAAGCAGGGGGUCGGAAGAGAGAGAGAG